CGGAUACAAGAUACACUAUUCAUCCGAGUUAAUUGUAUAUACCAAGCCCAUUAUCUGCCAAUUACAGAAGCGUCUUCCAUAAACAAAGGACUAGAUGAACCGUCAACAGCUGCAAGUUCACAAAAUUUCCCUCGUAUCGCCAACGGCAUUAAUCAUUGUGACGCUCCAUGAAAGGAGUUAUUUAUAUUCACUAUUUGAGCAACCAAGUUCCAUACUCAGGGUGAAGGCUAAGCAUAUAUCGCUUGGGUUGGAAGGUUAUGAACAACAUCAACACGCUCAUAUCAUCACAGGGAAUUUGCAGUUGUCUCUGGAAUAUGAUAGGACGUUGGUAUUAGCUUGUUCAUGUUAAUGAGAAAAAUGUCGCAAUUAUUUGUCGCAUCUGCGACUAAGCGACACACGCGGUUGAAAGCUUAAAUUCGUCAUUGUCUUAGACUUUGAUACACAAGGUUUGCAGUGUUUCCAGCGUAGUAAGUAAGACAAUUAUUAUUGGGUAAAUUCGUUUAGCUUCAUUUAACACGAGAGAACAUUAUUCCGCUUUGUCGCGCUGUAAUAAGUUCGUCCGAAUUUUUUCCUAUUCCAAUAUACUAUUCAUCAUGUUAAGAGCCGUUUUUGCGUACUGUUAACCCGUGGGUCAAAAGUAUGGACAGAAAAUAGUAAUGAUUUUACAACUUAACACAGACUUUGUUUAAAGGAGUCAUGUUAAAAUGAGAGAGUGCCCCUCUGCUUGAGGUUUGGGCGUCACAAUGUUAACUUUACCUAUUGAACGCGAUGGGCAGCCUAACAUUAUCACUGUGUACUCAGAAGUGGCUACUUGGCCUGUAAGUGGAAAUUGUUACCAAUUCGAAGACUAUGGAUACUACCAGCCGUUCAUAAAACUGAGUCCGAAAUGUCACAAAGAUGCUGCUUUUGGGUAUAUUGUAUAUGAUGCAAACAAGACUGUUGACAUUACGAGUAAUGUGACAAACGAAUUUGGACACCCGGCGGCUUUCGGUGACAUUGUCGUUCUAAACGGUUCUGAAUACGUAUAUUCGAAGGGAGUUUUUAGUCCUUCGUUUAACGAGUCGUCGGUCAAAGAGAUUACGAUUGAUUUACCCAAAGCCGGAAACUACUGUUUGUGGAUUCAAUCUCUCAAGAAUACUACACACAAGCGCAAAGACUAUAAAGUAAAAAUUCUAAUGUAUGGGGUGUAUUCUGGUCUCCCAAUGAAGUUUUCUGCUGCUUUUCGUAUUACACCUCUUCUGUUGCCCGUCCUCUCAUCUGUUCUCUUGACAUUUUUGUUCACAAAUUGCUUUUCAUAUCUCAUCAUUUUAUAGAAGUAUCAGCAUUGAAAGGGUAUUAUAAAUUCCAUUAAUAUUUCUAUACGUUUCUUAGCUUUCGUUGAAUAUUCGAUUUUAAAACAAAAUGUUCUGCUGAAAAUUCAUUGAAGUUUCAAAUUUCAUUAAACCAACUCUUGCUAUCC